AUGUCCAGUAAAAUUGACAUAGGCGGGGACAAUCCUGUCAAAAACUAUGGCCCGAUGGCGACAUUUGCACAAUUGUGCGCUACCAUAGCACAGAGUUUUUUAUUAGUGGGACUAGGCAUGGAAUUAACAAUGUCAACGAUCGUAAUUCAAGAUCUGUAUAACAAUCCAAAAAGUGAAUUUUCAUUGACAACGUCUCAAGUAUCGUGGUACGGAAGUAUAUUGUUUGUAUUUCAUCCAACCGGGAGUUUUCUAUCGGGAUUCCUGCAGGAAAGGUUUGGAAGAAAACGAUGUAUGGUUUUAGCCAACAUCCCUAGUAUUUUAGGAUGGAUAAUGCUAUACUACACACACUCCGUGGCUUCACUUUACGCUUCGACCGUGCUAAUGGGCUUGAGCAUAGGAUUUAGCGAAGCCCCAAUAUUAUCGUACGUUGGAGAAAUAACCGAACCUAGAAUCAGGGGAAUGAUGGCUUCAUUGGCGUCUACAGCCGGCAUGCUAGGAAUGUUUUUAAUUUACCUUUUGGGAUAUUUUUUUGAAUGGAGAAUCGUCGCCUUGCUGAGUACACUUUGUCCGAUCACGUGCAUAUGCCUCGUCAUGUUGAUUCCAGAAUCUCCUAUAUGGUUAAUCGCCAAAGGAAAAAACGAAAAGGCUAAAAAAGCUCUGUGUUGGUUAAGAGGAUGGGUGAAUCCUGAAAUAGUCAAAACCGAAUAUCUCGAGCUAAUUCGGUAUAACGAAUUGUCUGGAAUUCGAAAUGACAAGGUCAACAUCGAAUACGACAGUCUAUCUUCAAAAUUAUCCCAACUUAAAGACCCAUCUGUAUACAGACCGUUAGGAUUAGUGAUGAUUGUUUUUUUUAUUUCCUACAUAGUCUGCCUUUUACCUUGCAAACCAUAUUUUAGUCAAAUAUUGAAUCAAGUUGAUUUAUCAAAUGAUCAAAGUUUAUUGUUGGUUUUUUUCUCCAUUCUACAAAUGGCCGGAUGCAUAAUACUAUUUUUUAUUAUCAAUUACCUGGGAAAAAGAUUCUUAACUGUUAUGUCAGUUAUGAUAAAUACUAUUUUGCUAAUUGCAUUUGGUCUAUACAUCAUAGCAAUUAAUAACAAUUACAUUCAAUCAACUCCUUGGUUUCCCAAAAUGGUGUUAAGCGGCAUUUCUUUGUUCGGAACUUCUAUCAGUACUUUACCUUGGAUGUUAAUAAGUGAAAUUUUUCCUAAUAAAAGCCGAGGAGUUGCUGCUGGAUCAUGUGCAGCUUUAUCGUAUUUACUUAUGUUCAUAAUAACAAAAUCAUACUUAUCAAUUGAAAUUUUUCUAACCUUGGAGUACACUAUGCUUUUAUUUGGUGGUAUUGGGCUGUUUGGAUUAGUCUACUUAUACUUAUACUUGCCCGAGACUGAAAAUAAAACGCUAUUAGAAAUUGAAGAAUAUUUUAAAUAAAACUUAUAUUAUCCUUUAUAAUUAAUUUGUUGUAUGUAUUAUAACAUUAUAAUAUAUUAUGUACUGUUGUGAUUUAAAAAAAAAUACAUAUAC